UGGCCAGCUCUGACGGGAUUACACGAGUUUCCUCAAUUGAACGCACUGAAGUUAAACGCUCCGAUGAUCCAGGAGAGAAAAAAAGGAGGAGAAAGAAAACUCGACUGCGGUCACUUUUCACACGAAUUCACCUACAAACUGUCAGUAUAUCAGCUGCUGAUGUGACACCAGUCGAAAUAUCUGCUCAGGAUUAAAAAAAAUUUCUGAAGAUCUCCUCCUCUGCUGCUGUUCCACCUACAAUGUGUCUCCAACACGCUAGCAUUUCGGUGAAGCUCCUCGUCAAGUGAAUGUAGUUUCAGACCCUCCAAUCGUCAUGAUGACUCGGAUUUUCUGGGAUGCAAUAUUACUGAUAAGCGGUUCUCUCUUCACGUUUGGAGCCGGGCAGAGCAGUUCAGCCAUUAUCGAAGCCAACAUUUCCAUCAAUACAAACUCCACUGCUGCUCUGAACACCUCCAGUAGCAGCUCUGUGCCGCCCGGCACCAGCAACUCAACUGUAACGCCGAUUACAACGGCAGAGACUAGCAUCGAUGCAGUUAAAAGUUCCUUCUUCACAUUUGAAGAACAGCUGACGAAUACAACCACUGAUGCCCCCAUUUCCAUCAGUACCAUCUCUGCUGAUGCUCCCAACAUUUCAGCAAGCAGCUUUCCAGCAACCAGCAGCACAGACUCCACAACCCAGAGUCUCAUUCCUGCUGCUGAUGCCUCUACAACCAUCCGCCCGCUUAAAAAGUUUGUGGCAGCGGCUGUUCGGUCUCAUUUCGACGACUGUCCAGAUUCCCACCAGCAUUUCUGCUUCCACGGCACAUGUCGCUUCCUGAUACUGGAGGAGGCACCUGCAUGUGUGUGUCAUCCAGGCUUCGUUGGGAUGAGGUGUGAGCAUGCAGACCUGCUCGCUGUAGUAGCAACCAAUCACAGGCAACAGACCGUCGCCACAGUGCUGGUAUUGUGUGUGAUUGGGUGUGUUCAUCAUGGUGCUGUGUACAGUCUUACACUGCUGGUGGAGGCAGGACUGUCGCAGGCGGAGCUACGCUCAUCACUACGUGGCAGAAAAGCCUGGCGUGUCCUGCCAUCCAUCUGAGAGUGUGGUUUGAGACUUCUUGCUUGAGCUCUUUGCAUCGCGAUUCGUUGUGGUCAUCUGUCUGGCUCACCAACACUCAGGAUUGCAUCCAAAGUGGUACAACCAACCAGAGACGAAGCUGUGUUAUCUUCAGUGUGACGGAGGUAGGCCAUCUUGAUGUGGGAGGUUAAAUGGGUUUGUUUUUUUCUCCAUUAAAUGGGAGCUCUGGACUACAACGAUCUAGGGACGCGUUCACUUCCCUCGUUGAUUCCGUGGAAAUACACUCAGAACUGCAACAGUCUGUUUGAACUUCUGAGAAGGAAGCUCCCACUGAAUCCUGCAUGGAAGAGCUCCAUGUGUCCCGAUUACUGUUUACCGCCUCGAGGACUUCAGAAAUUAUGUACCGGGCCAUUAAUCAUCCUGUGUGGAUGUCGAAUGAGAGAGGCGUUUAUUUUGGGCUGUGUGAUGACAACAAUCCGUUUACUUAAGUCAGGAGACCCCAAUUCCUAUUUUUGUCUUUUAAUAUCUUUGCACUUUUUUCAUCAGAACUCUACAAGCACAAAUGACAUUUUUAAUAAUUUAUGGUGGGGGAAACUGAUGCUUUAAAGACAUUUUAGUGUCUGUUUUUAAAGAAGGAGCUCACGUCACCUGACAGGAGUAGGAAUUGUCAACUGGACUGACUGCAUAUUCGUUUCCGGGACUUCACUCAACAAAGACUGCAAUUUAAAACUGUCUGAAAUUUUGUUUUGAUGUGAUUUGGAGGAAAAAAAGAGAUCUUGGCGACUCCGGUAUUAUUACUGAAGAAUAAAUUAUUUGUCGGUUUUGUUUUUUAUUCCUGAGCUGUACUUGAACCUUUGAAUUGCAGGCUAUAACUGCACCAACAGAUGCACUUCCUGGGUGGCCACUUUAGUCUACACUACUUUUAUAAUACUGCACUUUUCUUUUAGCUUGCUCACUGUCUAUAAAAAAAACCACUGCACCCACUUCACAAUGUAGUCACUAGAAAACGCAUCCAUGUACAAAAGAUGCCAAACACAGCUGUGUCUCUCUCUGCCUGUAUGCAAAAAGGUUGGUACACAUCCACCUGAAGCAUGCAUGCACUUAAAUUGCAGCUGGUAUUUUUAGAACAACACAAAAUAGAAGAGUGGUGUGUUAUAGCAUUGCUUAUGACUUGAUUUCAGCUUCUGGAUUAAAAAUGAAAAAGUUAUUGCUGAAGGAAUUAAAAAGCAGGAAUUAAAAAACUCAUGUAAAGCAUGUGCACUUGCUUUGUGUGUGGAAGAAAAUGAAUGUGAUGGUAUUUGUAUGCCAAAAGACUGAGAGGAUGAUGCACUCAUCUUUGUUUACAGCAUCUGAUCAUAUUUGCAUUGCAGAAUGUUUGUGUUUAUUACAGCACUGAAGUGUAAAUAAGAAAAAUGGAGGAAUAUUCGAUGUAUACACGGAGUGUCAAUAGAAAACCAUCUAUCCCUUUACUUCAUCAGAUUUAUGUUGUCACAGUUGGAAAGCCUCAUUAUGUCUAUUUGUUUUCCCAAUGAAGAAUUAAAUAUGCAAGCGUG